UUCUCCUCCUCCUCCUCCUCCUUCUCCUCCUCCUCCUCAUUGACUUGCUAUCCGAAACAAAUUCCUUCCUGUCAACCGACGCGAUGCGGUCUCUAUUGUUCUCAAUAGCCUCUCUUAUUCUAUUCACAUCCUCCUGCUGUGCGCAGGAACAAGUACCCUAUAUCCUCCAUACUACCCCUUACGACAAUAUCAACGGAUCAUUCGUCUACCCUCGCGACUGGCCAUCAAACUUCUCGAUCGGUUCGCAGAUCAAUAUCACUUGGACGACGCAAUUCCCAUCUGUCCACCUAUAUUAUUACCAGAAUCGCAAGAUCGCCGAGAUCGUAAAUAUAGGAAAGGCCCUCGUUCAACCCUGGUGCCUAUGGGAAGUCCAGACCACCGUGAAAAAUCUCACUGACCCCUGGGUCUUCCGCAUCGUCAACGCCAAGGGCACGCUGUAUGACCGGACAAACCUUGGCUUCACCAGUGCCGGAUUCUACAUCGACCGAGAUACCAACCCAGCCCCGUCUUCUUCCUUCACCCAAUCCGAAACAACCGCCCCAACCAGACUCAAUCGCCCAUCAUACCUCCCUAGCCGAACUCCCUGCCCAAGAUCCCGAGCCACCUAGCAAGGACGGCCUAUCCGAAGGCGCGAAGAUUGGCAUCGGCGUAGGUGCCGGCGUCGGCGUCCUCACCCUCACUAUUGCUGGCAUCGCACUCUUGUACUUCCGGAGGCAAAAGGGAGCGAACAAGGAGCAUCUGAACGAGACGUAUACGCCGGUCUAG